AUGCUAAAAAUAAUAAUAGACACUGGUAGUAUAAAGAAUCAUGAAAAUGGAUGGAGUCACAAAAUAAAGGUAUCUAAAUACUUGGAUGCUCAGAAACGUGUAAAGAAAAGCGAUGAAAUCGAAAAUCAGAAACAUCAAAAGGAAAUACAAUCUAUUAUCAAAGCUGGUGAAAAGGAAUAUGAUGAAAAAGAUGCCGAGUAUCAACAACAGGAGCAACAACAGCAGUAUCAAGAACAAUAUCAAAACUAUGCUUAUCAACAACAUAUACAGCCACAACAAUAUAAUACAAUAGAAGAAUACAAUGCUGCAUGUCAACAAUAUUACAAUGAUUAUUAUAAUUAUUAUUAUUAUGGUGCAUAUCAACAACAACAACAGCAACAUGUUGACUAUGGACAACAACAACAACAACAACAACAAGUUGAAUAUGAACAACAGCAGCAACAGCAGCAACAACAACAACCAAAUGUAGAUAAUAGAAAGUUACAACAAGUAAAUAAUAAAAGAUUGCUAGAGAAACAGAAACAACAAGAUAUGAUAAAAAAGAUAAAGGAACAAGUAGAAAGAGAGAAUGCGAACAAAAAUGAAUAUAAUGGUUUUAGUAAGGAGGAGCAUGAUAUCAUCUCAAAGAAACUGAAAGAAUAUAAUGAAAAGAAGAAGGAAAAAGAAGAGACAAAACUACAAAAGAAAGAAGAUGAUCAUGAUGAUGAUGAAGAGGGAGAAGGAGAUGAUGCUCAUGAUAGUGACGACGAUGAUGAUGGUGAACCAAAGACAAGUAUUACAGAAGAAUCUACUGGAAUUGGUGGUUGGGUAUCAGUUAGACCAAGUGAAAGUAUGUUUAAUUCCCAUAGCAGUAGCAUAGCAACCAACAGCGCCAAUAGCAAUCAAACUGAAACCAAUCAUUCAAAUGACCAAGAUGACGAAGAUAAUGAUGCAAACUCUGAAGACGAAGAAACAGUCGAUAUGACAAAAAGAAUUUCACACAGCAGCAGCAGCAGCAGCAGCAGCAGCAGUGGUAGUACUAGUAAAGCAGCUCAAUUACAUUCCAACAAAAACGACGAUAUCAAAACAGAGGAUUUACAAGUACCUAAAGUACAAUUCUCAUUUAAAAAGACAACAACAAACAGAAAUACAAGAAAGAAAACAGACAAUGAUUAA